AUGUCUCUAGGCAAGCAUUUUAUAAAUGAUGUUGAUGUACCCGUUGAUAGGGCACUGCGUGCGCAGCUCGCUCGUGACCCUGCCCUACGGUUGAUCGAAUCAGAGAAGGUGCUCUUCUGUCAGCAAGCCUCGGAAUCACAGAAAGUCAUUCUGCUCUCUGGAGGUGGGUCGGGCCAUGAGCCUGCGCAUGCUGGCUACCUCGGUGAAGGUAUGCUGGAUAUCUGCGUAGCAGGGAAUAUCUUCGCCUCGCCGUCGGCGAAGCAGAUUCUUAGUGGGUUAAACGCGCUGAGUACUCCGCGAGGAGCACUGGUCAGUGUGAAGAACUACACGGGAGACAGGCUCAACUUCGGGCUCGCCGUCGAGAAGGCCAAGGCUGAUGGUCGCGCGGUCAAUGUGGUUGUUGUUGGUGAUGAUGUCUCGAUUGAGCACCCCGGUCUCGUCGGGCGACGUGGAAUGGCUGGUGUCGUGUUCGUCCAUAAGGUCGCCGGCGCUGCUGCUGCUAAGGGAGCAGAUCUCGCUCGAGUGACUCACCUGGCUCAGACGGUGGCCGAUUCUUUAGUCACCGUUGGGGUCAGUCUGGAUCGUUGCAGCGUCCCUCAACGCGCAGACCAAGAGUCCCUUCCUUUCGGGGAACUCGAGUAUGGGAUGGGGAUCCACAAUGAGCCCGGCGUUCAGCGCAGCGCGAUUCCAAGCUUACAAGAAACUGUUUCCAAUGUCCUCCGGAUGCUCACAAGGCCGAGCUCACAGCGCUGGUAUCCCCAGCAGCGGCAGGAAAUGGCUCUCAUGGUGAACAAUCUUGGAGGCCUGAGUAUUUUAGAAUUGAAUGUGAUUGCAGACGAGCUCGCUUGUCAACUCCGCCAUGAGAACUUUAGGAUCAAGCGUAUCGUCUCGGGAACUUUCGUGCCAUCUUUGGAUGCACCGGGUUUUUCGGUUACUCUACUUGGUCUGGACGAAGAGAUUGACGAGCUUUUGGGUGCGCCAACAACCGCUCCGGCCUGGCCCUCCUCUUCCAAGGCCGAUUUGGACGGUCUCAAGAACCGAAUCGUCAAGCCCAUUGCAGUGGCAGGGACUACCAGUUCGGCAGAGCCGCUUUACACAGUUUCUGGGCGCGUGGUUGAGAAAGUCAUCGCCGCCGUUGCUCGGUCCAUCACCGAGACAGAACCCCUCAUCACCCGAUACGAUACCAUUGCCGGCGACGGAGAUUGUGGAGAGACCCUUGUGAACGGGGUAAACGGCAUGGGCGGCACCUCGGGCGCGAUCUACGCCAUCUUCUUCAACGCUGUCUCCAAUGCGAUCGCGACUAGAAAUGUUGCUACUUCAUCCGCUGAUGGUCUGGCCUUUGCCAUGUCCCAAGCCCUUCAGGAUGGCCUGGCGGAGUUGUAUAGAUACACGCCCGCUCGACAAGGCCACCGCACCCUCAUGGACGCGUUGAUCCCUUUCAUUGGAACAUUUGCGGUAGAACAGGAUCUCAAGAAGGCGUGUGCUGCCGCCGUCUCCGGUGCGGAGAGUACGCGCAGCUUGGCUCCGGUAUUGGGCAGAGCGAGCUAUGCGAACAGGAAUCAUUUCGUCGCAGAGGGCGGUCUCCCGGACCCCGGCGCUAUAGGGGCGGCUAGUGUUGUGAAUGGUAUAAAGGACGGACUUGCCCGGGAUUAG